AUGGCCAUGUUCCCGCCGGUACAUCUCUUCGCACUGUCCAGGUGCUUGCCGUUCGAGGUGUCGGAUCUUCUUCCAGACACUAGUCUGCGUGGCAGAAUAUUCUACAUGGUCGAGGAAAGGGCGCGGCAGUCGGUGCUGCGGGCAGUUGCGUGUGCUGGGACGCGUCUGCGCCUGCGCAACAGUUACCGCAUCUCGCUUUCUAGCGCGCGGCGCGUGACCGCGGAGCAGACAGCGCAGACAGCGCAGGCUGUGCCACGCUGUGCUCAGGCCGACCUUCACCUGGCCGACCUGGCCUGGAGGGGGUCGCGACCUCACAGGCUGCCUGCAGCCACGGGGGUGAAGGCAGUGAGGGGGAAGCAGCAGCGGGGCGGGGGAAAGUGCCGUGUGCGGCCCGUGGGUAGUGCUGGAGGGGGGAGGGGUGUUCCCCCGGUCCCUCCCUGCUUGCCGGGGCCCGGUCUAUAUAUUCCCCGACGAGUUCUGCGCCGUGCACUCGCUCCAGCCUCCAGCCAGCCUCCAGCCGGCCUCCAGCAGUCCUCCGACAUGGCGUGGGUGCAUGCAGCGCUGGUGACAGCGACCUUGCUGGCGACGGGCUGGGCCGCCGACAAGCAGAUCAAACUGGAGGACAUCGAGCGGGACAACCUGAAGAGCUCCAAGGAGCAGGUGAAGCCCCAGCAGUUCCAGCAGCCCCAGCCCCAGCCCGAGGCGCAGCAGUACCUGCAGCUGUCCCCGGCGCAGCUGCAGCAGCUGCAGCAGCAGGCCUACCUGCAGGUGCUGCCUCCCGGAGGGCAGUUCGCCUACUACCCGUCGCUGCCCGCCUUCCCGGGCAACCAGGUGCAGGCGGCCUACGUGAGCCCCGAGCAGGCGCAGGCCCUGGCGGCGCAGUACCAGCAGGCGCUGCCGCCCGCCGCCUACCUGGCGGGGCUGGGCAACCAGCAGUACGUGCCCGCGGCGCUCGCCGGGCAGCCUACCCUCCAGGCGCGGCCCCAGGACCUCAGGCUGCAGCAGGAGCAGGCGGUCCUCCCGCAGGCCCCCAGGUACGUGCAACAAGAGGUGCCGGCGCAACAGUACCUCCAGUAUCUGCAGCAGCAGCAGCUACAGCAGCAGCAACUGCAGCAGCAACAGCAACAACUACAGCAGCAACAGCAGCAGCAGGCCUCCCUCCAGCAGUUCCAGAGCCCUGGAGUCUCCAGGGAGCCGCACAGCCUGCAGUCGCGCCCCGAGGCCCCGGAGCCCACGGUGCAGUACAGCUCCGGAGAGGUGUACAGCACCAUCCCCUACUCCAGCAAGCAGGACUACAGCGUGCAGCUGACCAGCUCCCCCCGCCAGCAGCAGCAGCAGCAGUACAUCCUGCAGCAGCAGUUCCAGCAGGGCCCGCCCAGGCCCUACAACCCCUACAACGCGCUCCUGCACCCCCAGCAGCAGAAGACACUGUUCGCGGCGGGCGCCAAGUCGACCGUGUCGCCGCCUGUCAAGUCCCAGCAGGGAGGCUUCAUACCCAGUGCGAGCAUUGCCCACCCCGGUCAGGGCUUCAGCUUCAGCAACUACAGGAGAGGUCCCCCUGGAAGCUUCUGAUCUCCACGGUCCACACUCACUUCAUCUCUCAUUGCUCGGGUCCUCUGCCGCUCUCUGUGUGGGCACAUGGACCUCUAGUGCAUUCUUCAGCUUCAGCAACUACAGGAGUGGUCCCCCUGGUAGCUUCUGAUCUCCACGGUCCACUUACUUCAUCUCUCAUUGCUCGGGUCCUCUGCCGCUCUCUGUGGGGACACAUGGACCUCUAGUGCAUUCUUCAGCUUCAGCAACUACAGGAGAGUUCCCCUGGUAGUUUCUGAUCUCCACGGUCCACUCACUUCAUCUCUCAUUGCUCGGGUCCUCUGCCGCUCUCUGUGGGGACACAUGGACCUCUAGUGCAUUCUUCAGCUUCAGCAACUACAGGAGAGUUCCCCCUGGUAGCUUCUGAUCUCCACGGUCCACUCACUUCAUCUCUCAUUGCUCGGGUCCUCUGCCGCUCUCUGUGUGGGAACAUGGACUUCUAGUGCAUUCUUCAGCUUCAGGAACUACAGGAGAGUUCCCCCUGGUAGCUUCUGAUCUCCACGGUCCACUCACUUCAUUUCUCAUUGCUCGGGUCCUCUGCCGCUCUCUGUGUGGGAACAUGGACUUCUAGUGCAUUCUUCAGCUUCAGCAACUACAGGAAAGGUCCCCUUGUAGCUUCUGAUCACUAAAUUCUACUCAUUUCUGUGUCUAUGCUCGCUUAAUAAAUGAACAUGCUUUUCUAAUAAGUCAUCAGCUCUAGUUGCACUUUUCUUAAUUAUAUAUAUAUAUAUAUAUAUAUAUAUAUAUAAUUGGUUUUCCUUUUAUGUUCUGUGGACCUUAUGCUUACCACUUUCUGCUUUCUUCUCAGUUUCAAUUCACUCUAAUUCUGCGCUAGCCCGUAUUUUUGAACUUGAACUUAACUGCAUUUUAAAGCUCCAGCCACUUUGGAUAUGUCCUUCUAGAGUCUUCUUAUCAUUAAAAUUCUAUUAAUUUCAUAUCUUAUAUCGCUGAUGUCCUUUACAGCUUUCUGUAGGUUUACGUAUAGUAUAUGCCCAUUGGCAAAUAAAACUUUCUUUCAUAUCCGUGUAGUUCCCUCUCAGCGGUGCAAGGAAUGCUGGGUACCCUCUUCUGCUGAAAACAUACUGAGCUUUUCUACUUGCGACAAAACUAUUACAUGAUUUAUAAUUGUAAUUGUUGAGAGACCAGCCAAUAUCCUAUUCAUAUCAUAAUCUCAGUAUUGAAGUAAGGGAAUGCUGUAACUGAAAUGUUGAUUACUAAAUUUAAAUUUCAUGUGCAUCAAAUACCUCUUCUCUUUACUUUUCUUUCCAUUUCAUCUACAUAUUUAGAGACAAAUCUGAUUAUAAAGCCAUUUAUCUUUGUAUUUGAGCGUGUAAAAGCUUGUAUCAUGUAACAUGAACAUUUUUUUUCAUUGAAUUGAUUGUAGAUAAAUUAUUGUAUCGAAUGCCAACUAGAAAAUAACUCGCAAUUUGGGCCUCAUUUUAUAGUGUCUCAUAUGACAGUGGUUUUUAAAAAUAGUUUAAAUAUAGAGACUUUGCUACUUAUGUAUGUGCUGUGAUUAUAAGAUGUACGUGUGAAGACUGUCGUGCAUUUAAACACUCGUAGGCUAGUAGGCAGUUGUAGUUUGCCAAUUAUGUGCGCAAAACAGCACUGUCGAAAAAUUUAUAUGUAUUUUUACUGUUGUAAUAAAUAUUUUUUUUAAAAACUCA